UUGUAACUGUGCACUUGUUCGCGCCCGGUGAAGGAAUGUGAGCUAUGUUAUUGUCGAGUUCACAUCAAAAGACAAUAAUAAAUAGUUUAGGUCUUUAAUACGCAGAAAGGAAUUAGGAAUGUGUUUCGUGGCCGUUAUUUCGUCUUCAAGAGUUCUAGACUGGUAAUUGGUUUCAUGGGAACUGACUGUGGCAUAUUACCAAAGGACACUGCAGUCUGACAUUUGUUCGGAGAUCUGAGCAAUGUCCUCCCAGCCAGAUAAUUUAGUACUGUCCUCAGGUCACAACUUCAGCAUGGACUACUCCUCCCAGGACAUUCAGCUGAAAAUCAUCGGCCUGGGCUUCAUCUUCUACACCUUUAUCUUCCUCCUCUCUCACAUCCUAUCUAACCUGCUGUUUCACACCUACCGCUCACUGUCAGCCAAAGAAAAGGUCUUCUGGGAUUUGGCUGCGACAAGGGCUGUGUUUGGCAUCCAGAGCACGGUGGCAGGGCUUCGGGUGCUUAUGGAGGACUCUGCCGUCUACUCUGAUAAGAUUCUCGGGCAGGAGAACUGGUCCUGGUUCAACGUGCUGACCGCUACAGGCUUCUUCCUGUUUGAAAAUGUGGCCCUUCAUUCGUCCAACCUGGCAUUCCUGUCUUUCGACCUGCCGUUGGCCAUGCAUCACUUCUUCGCCCUCGCAGGGUUUGCCGGGGUGGUUGUGUGGAAUUGGCUGGGUCAUUUCCUCCCUAUGGUGACUUUGCUGCUGGAGAUGAGCACACCUUUCACCUGCAUUUCCUGGAUGCUUCUUAAGGCGGGCUGGUCUAAGACGCUCUUCUGGAAAGCUAACCAGUGGGUGAUGAUUCACAUGUUCCACUGCCGUAUGGUUGUGUCCUACUACAUGUGGUGGGUAAUCUGGAAUCAUUGGGAGGAGAUGAACACCCACAUCCCAUUGGUUCAGAGACUGCUGUUCUUCAUAGGCCUCUUCCUGCUCACCUUCUUCCUCAACCCCAUUUGGACGCAUAAGAAAACCCUGCAGCUUCUUAAUCCUGUGGACUGGAACUUUGACAAUAAACCUGCAGCAGAAAACGAACCAAUCCGAGACCAGGCUCGACACAAGCCCCAUGCCAGCUGAUUAACGCUAAGAUCAAAGCCUUAUGAGAAAUACAGUCUGGUGAAGAUACAGUCUUCUAUACAGAGCAGAUCGAAGCAGAGAGAUAAUAUACAAUAUUGUACAGUUGUGUUUUUAGUGAGUAUUAUUUGAAGGUUUGUUAAAGAGCUUUAGGUUUAGCACUAACUAGUACUACUUGCUACAACGUGAGCACACAUAUUGCACAGUUGGUGAAGUGUCUGUAUUUAAAGGAAUAGUUUUCCCAAAAAUGUAAAUUCUGUCAUCAUUCACUCACCCUCAAUGUUAUUCCAAACCUGAAAGAAUGACUGUUUUUGUCAAAUAACUGAAAGUCAGUGGGGUCCAAACAACAUCUCAUGACUUUCAUUAGAUGGACCAAAUGAUUUCUUUUAAAAUACUUUUUUUUUAAUAUAUAUAUUAUUUA